UUCGUACUGCUUUUUGAAAUCUCAUUUUAUCUGUCGUCUGCUUCAUUCGUCUCGUGAUCGCAGUGUGGCAGAAACGAUUUUUGUUUUACUUAUGGACGAAGUUACUCAUGGGAAUCCGUCAUCCUGCUAGGAUCCCAUUAUUUCAAGCAUGGCAGACAAUGAAGAUCCUUUGGUUUACGAAGAUGAGGAGGCGACGGAACAAGUAGCCACCGAAGGAAGUGGAGAUGCUCCAUCAAAGGAGGAAGUUAAAGGCAUAUCCAUUCAUAGCUCUCGUUUUCAAGAUAUUGAGUUCAAGCCGGAAAUUUUGAGAGCUAUCGUUGACUGUGGCUUUGAACAUCUUUCUGAAGUUCAGCGUGAGUGUCUUCCUCAGGCUGUUUUGGGAAUGGAUGUGUUGUGUCGAGCCAAAUCCAGUACGGGUAAGACUACUGUUUUUGUAUUGGCAACUCUUCAACAAUUGGAGACGGUGGAAAAUCAGGUUUAUGUUCUUGUUGUUUGCCAUUCUCGAGAGCUAGCAAUCCAGAUCUACAAUGCAUAUGAAUGUUUGUCCAAGCACAUGACUACCAUCAUCAAGGUUGGUGUAUUCGUUGGUGGUGUGAAUAUUCGCAAAGAUGAGGAAGCUUUGAAAACAAAUUGCCCUCACAUUGUGGUUGGAACCCCUGGUCGUUUAACGACGCUGCUCCGCACGAAGAGACUAAACCUCUGCACACUCAAGCACUUUGUUCUUGACGAAUGCGACAAAAUGCUUCAAGAUACAUACAUGCUUCGAGAUGUACAAGAGAUUUUCAGCAACACACCUCGUGAAAAACAAGUGAUGAUAUUCAGCGCCACACUGAACAAGGAGAUCCGUCCUGUCUGCCAAAAGUUUAUGCAAGAUCCAACUGAAGUGGACGUUGACGACAUCGAGUCCAAACUCACUCUUCGCGGUGUCCAGCAGCACUACGUCAAACUAAAGGACGACGAGAAGAACGGAAAAUUAUUUGAGCUACUCGGCGUACUAGAGUUUAACCAGGUCGUUAUCUUCGUGAGAUCCAUUGCGCGUUGUAUGGCGCUCUGCGAGUCGCUAGGCGAGCAAAACUUGCCUGCCAUCGCCAUUCACUUUAGCAUGACUGAGGCAGAACGUCUGUCGCGCUACCAACAGUUCAACGACUCUAAAGAGCGAAUUUUGGUAGCUACACAUUGGGUCGGUCGUGGCAUGGCCAUUGAACGUGUCAAUAUCGUUUUCAACUACGACAUGCCUGAAAACUCAGACAGGUACCUGGAUCGGGUCGCUUACGCUGGUCGUUUUGGAACUCAAGGUUUGGGAAUCACAAUUGUAACUGAUGAGAAGGACGUUAAAGUUUUAAAUGACGUUCAAGAACGUUUCGACGUUAGCAUCACACCUUUGUCACAUGAGAUUGAUUUGUCAUCCCACACUAAAAUCUGUCAAUAAACGUUUGACAUGGGUAUGGAGAGAUAUGCGAUUGAAGAGAGAGAUGCUAUUUAAAACGUUUCUUCUUUCUAACGCUAGAAAGCUUACCUUUGCUUAAUCUGUUUCAGAUAUUUUUAUUCACUUUUGUCUCGUACCUCAAUUUUACUUUGUAAUGGUUUUUACUCAAUUGUUUUCAAAUAUUUUUAAAUUGUUACGCGUCCAGCACUAAUUCUACGUUCCAUGUUGGAUGUAUUUAUUUGUUGGCCUGUGUCAAUACGGUGAAAACAGCAUUCUUUUGGUAGGCCCAUAUAACCAACCCGGCAUCUGAACAAUGAGAAACCGCAAACCAUUUUUUUAAAAGGCCGCUUUGUGGAAUUCUCAUUUUUGCUGUCUGCUUCGAUUCGGAAGGGACCUGCCUGUGAUAAUUCCUUCUCAGCUCUCUUCUACGUAAAUGGUGAAUUAUUGAACAACAACUUCGAUUCGAUUUUCCGGUCAUGUUUUUCAGCGAUUACGUCGAGCAGUUUUACUAGCAAAUACUAGAUUGCUUAUUUGUUGUCCCCUAACUCGUCGACACUGUAAAAAUGCUUUUCCGCAUUUAUUUAUAUCAGGACGAACCCCUUGCUUGAACUAUUUGAAUUUGAAAGUAUCAUUUUGAUUUUUGAAAAAGCCGCCAAUCUCGUUUUAGCUGUCGUCUGUUUUAUUCGUCUCGUGGUCGUGAUUCGUGAACACGUGACGUGGAAUGAUGGAAUCGUUUAUGUCUUCUGAAUUGGUAUUCUAUUUUCUAGCAUCUUUCAUCCUACAUUUUAAAUUUGAAAAUGUGCCGACGUUUUAGAUUUUUUUUAUUUUUGUACAAGUUCAGUUUUUGUUUAAACUUUCAAUAUCGUAAAAUUCGUAAAUCAGCGUGGUCGGAAAAUUUGCAUAAAAGUAGCAAGUGAG